CCAGUGUUGUCUUGGUGUACGCUAAUUUAUUCCAAGUCUCACCACACCGCAGUCCAAACUUGGAACAGAAAAGGGAACACGAAAAUAUUGUAUUUAUUCCCUCCUUUCUCAGUUCCAUUUUCAAAAAUGAGCGCGUAAUUUUUCGAAUAGAAAGUUUGUUUUUAAUUAUCAUUGCUCUUGUUUUAUGCCAGGGUCCAGUUUUAUGCAAUCCUUUUUAAUUAUUCAAACUUUUUGAACAUUGACACUUCUUUGAGCGUUAACAUGGAAAUUUUCGGAAAGUGUUGCAUUUUGUUAGUUUUAGUUCUAUGUCAAGUUGCAAGUGAAGCUGUUGGCUCUUGUUUCAACGAGUCGAGUUGCGCAAAAAGUGACAAAUUUAACCAUUCUAGAGUACUUUCAAGAAGAAAAAGGUUCUUAGUGUUUCCUGAAGGAUCAUCUCUACAGCUGGUGUUCUGCGUUCAAACGGCGGCACUUAUCCCUAUAGGCUACGUGGGGCAAUUGUUCCUAUACGGGAACACGAUAGCGCUAGCGUGGGUCCUGCCUAAAGACCCCAGCUUCCUCACCAUGUUUAAAGACAAGGAUGUCUUCAGUGCCCAGAGGAGGACAGAUGACGUGAGGCAUAUUUACUACGUUGGGGAAAACGGGGAGUUUUUGAAGAAGGUUCCUUAUAAAAGGCGGCCAAUUGUCAACCCAGCUUUUGCAAAGCGCAGCAUCGAUUCACGAGUGACUUUUAAUCAAGCAAAGAGGCCGAAGAUCAAAAUCAACAGAAAAAGUAUGCACGAAAAGCAAUUAAGGCGGGAAUUUUUAAAAAUGGAACACAUGGACGAAUCCAGCAUUCGAUUUCACAGGAGCAGUCGGCUUGGACUUUUCAAAAAGUUAGAAGGCCUAUUUGAAGCGCUCGGAGGCGACGGCCGCGGCUGCUUGCUGAGACAACUAUGCGAGGCGGCGCAACCCUCAACACAGCGCACAUUCUUGACUGAAGUCUUUAGAGUACUCUUCACAUUGCCUAAAAGCGGGACGUACGAUGAGGACAUCCACAGAGACUAUGAUGAAGCGCAUACAAUAAAUAAAGAUUGUUCUUCUUUGUACUCGUGCAAUAAUUAGUAGGUACUAAUUAACAAUUAUGUGUGUUUAAUAAAACGUGAAAAGAAUUAUAGGUAUUUUUAAUGACUUUAAACAACAACUAAUGUUAUCUCAUAUAAUCACCAUCAUGAGCCCCCUAAUAGAUACCACAUUCUUGUUCUCAGUUAGCCAAAUGAUUUUCGACAUAAAUUCGUACUAAAAGAAAAUGAAAAUUAUUCUAUCAAAAAAAGAAAUAAAAAUUGUUGUUAAAACCAUUAUAGUAUCUAAAUAUCUACUCUUGCUGCCCUCUUUUUAAAAACAUUUAUGGGGGUAGGUAUAUUUCUAACUAAAGUUGUUCCGUUUGUCCGGUAAAUUACGCCCUUAUAUUAAUUUAUAUAUAUAAGAAAGUUGUGCUGUUUAAAAGUGAUUUCGACCGACUUUCGAAUAACAAAUCCAUAAAAUUUAGCGAUAUAGUUAUGAUUUCCAAAAUGUCGACUGCUUUAAAAGAUGUGCUAAAUUGUGAAAAUUUGGGCAUGUCACUUGUUAUGUACGGUCGAGUACAAUAGUGAGUAUUGACUACUUUUUCCGAAGGAAGGUAAAAUGGUAUUUAACAACGGUUCUAGUAGGAAAAUUCUAAUUAGAAAAAUCUAGUCAGUAUUUCCUACAACACGUUUAUUAUUUCAGAAACCCAUAUUCAUGUUAUAUAUUCUUUUAUUUUUGCUGUUCUACUCGCACUAAAUUAUGAUUUAACACGUUAAAAACAAACAUUAACUAAAUGCGCAUUUUGAAACUCGGAACCGGUACUUUUAUUUUAGUCUAUAAAAUCCUCUCAGAUUCCCAAGCACUUUUCUUCUUGCCAGUACUUUUUACAGUUCAGAAGAAGAGUUUUAAGUGUGUAAACAAGUUCAGACCAAUUUGUAUAGUUUUACGAAAGGUGUUAAGUGUCUGUUCGUAUAUUUUGACAUAGCAUAGUUAGUUGGUUUCGCAUAGAGGUGGGUCCAUUUCUGAAUGGUAUUGACUGUUGGUGACAAUAAUGUUUUAGUUUAAUUUGAAUUGUGCGUGCGGUCGGGUUUUGUGUUUAAAAAAACAAUGAAACCUGCUCUACACACUCUAGUCAUAGCUACUUUGUUAACCAAAGUACAUUAUGCAUUUUGUCUCCAAAACGAAAACGGUACAAGCCCAGUCAUUUUACAAAAUGGCGGAUCAUAUAAUGACAUGGAGGAGCUAAAUGUAAGUGCACCAACUAAAGUGCUGUCCAGAAGAAAGAGAUUUAUAGUGUUCCCAGAUGGGAGUUCUUUUCAACUGGUAUUCUGCGCACAAAACAUGGGAUUUGUGAAGCCAAGAGACGUGGUGUGGUUCGGAAACACGGCCGCCCUGGCCUGGGAGCUGCCCACUGAUCCCAAGAUAUUCCACAUAUUCAAGGACUUCAAGAACCAAGACGGAGCUCUAAGGAGGAGCGAUGCGCCCGUCCAGAAAAACAUAUACUACUUGGAUGAAAAGGGGAAGUUGAUUGCGAAAGUGCCGUAUCACAAGAAAUUCAUUGUGAACCCUGCGUUUGCUAAGCGGAGUGUAGAUUUCCCACAAACAAUUGACGAUCGGGAAAAUUUAACAAACGAGCCGAUUUCAAAACCGGAAAUGCACAAGUUAUCCGAGAAAGCGGAUAAUUUGAAAUGUAAAGAGAGCCUCGAAGAAUGCAAUAUCGAAUUCCACAGGGAAGGGCGUAAGGAUUUGUACGGGAAGUUGGAGACAUUUAUUGAAGCCUUAGGUUGGCGCGGCAGGGAGUGUGUGCUGCGAAUGCUAUGCGAGGCUGGCAAGGAUAAGGCACAACAAGGCACGUUUCUCGACGAAAUCGUGAGAGCUGUAUUUACAUUACCAGGAGGUCAUGAGUUCGAAGAAGCUUAUCAUCGGGAAUACGACUCGGCUCACCAAGCGGCGGGCGAUUGCAGGAAACUGUUCCCGGAAUGUCAAAAUAAGUUUACAAGUGAAUCGAUUUGAGAGAAUGUGUUAUUUAUUUCAAAUUAAAUCUAAGUAACUUAUUGAA